AUGGAUUUUAUUCAAUUGUUGGAAAAAUCAGGAUCAAAAAGACAUGAUUUUUUUACCUGGCUAAUAAAGAAUAUCGAACAAUUGAACGAAUCUGAGGAUGAGAAGUCAGUUCAGGAAGCCCUUCAAAUACACGAGAAUUUAAACAAUUUCAUCAGAUAUCUAACAACAACUAAUGACAGUUCUGAAUACGGAUCUCAUUAUAUAUAUAUCAGAUAUUCCCAAUUAUAUACGUCCUGUCUGAUAAAGAUUCAAGAGGAAUACUCGGGAAAAAUAUUUGAUUCAGCUGAAUUAAUGACAAAUAUUCUAUCAGAGCAAGACGUUUCAUUAGAAGAGGUUGAAGGAAGCAAUGAUAAAAAGAAAAAGAAAAAGAAAACCGCAUCAAAAACCACAAAUCUGUAUACGCCGGCAAAAGAUCUUGCAUGUACAAUUGGUACGCAACUAUUCGAGAGCUUUGGAAACCAAUUGACUUCUCUCACCCCUCUUUUACUUUCGGCAAUCUUCAAGAAUCUGAAGAAAGUACUCGAAAAACGGAAGUAUCACCAUGCCACUUACAUGACUACACUAAUACAGUUACUAAAUGCUAUUUUGAGAAACGCAGGGGAAUCCAUUUUAGAUUCCACAUACGCUACAAAAUUAAGUAAACUAAGCAAAUCUGUGUUUGAUGCAAUAUACUUGGAAGGUGAAGAAUUCCCAGUCAAUUUUAUUUCUUCCAUUAUUGAGGUUUGGCAGUUCUAUUUUUUGCAAGAUUCAUACAUCAAAGAACACCAACAAGAUCUUUCAGACGCUUUACUUAAGAGAUUCUCGGAAGGAGAAUUAGGAAUAUUUGGGUUUUCAAACGAUGAAACACGUUUAUUUACAGCAAAGUCUGUCGCUGAAAUAUUGUUUCAGUACUACACAGUGAAACGAGUGUUCAGUCUGGAAGAAGUUAUGGAUUUCUACUGUCGAUUAUUUUCAAAAGCUCUGACAAGAGAUGUCAAAACUGGGUGUUUUGAGUCUAUUAUUCAUUUUAUUGGAUUAUGUUCAAUAACCGACCGUAACUUUCUCACAGAGACAAAGUACCUAGAUAUCAUUCGAUCAUUAGGUGAUAUAUUUGACUCUAAAAAUACAAAAGAUUUACCAGUAAGUUCCUUAAUUCAGAACCUCCAAUUUUUUAGACAUAUGCAUACAAUAAUCUUGCCAACUAUAGGAGAAGCAACUGAAAUGAAAAUUCUCUUCAAAUUAUUCACAUCCCCACAUGAAAAAUCAAAUGAUAGUGACCAAAGCCUUAGCUUGGAAAGUGACAACCAAUGGUUAACUCUUUUGAAACUUGAGUUGACGAAAUUAUUAUUUGAGAAUUUAUCUUCAUCCUUUGGAAGCGAUGAAGACAUUGUAAAUCAGAUAAGGGCUAAAUUACUAGCGCUAGCGACGUCUGAUAAUUACACAAUUCGAUUAUAUGCAAACACUGUGUUUAAACCAUUUUUAAAAAUGUUCCCUGAAUAUAUUACAGAGGUUAUUGAACAUUCAUUGGAUGUCUUAUCCACUAACUUCAAAAAAAAAGAAAAGUUUGCAUUUUCAAGUAACCAUGGACAUGCCUUGCUUAUUGCCAAUUUAAUUGAUGUUGCUGAUGAUGACUAUGUGUCUUAUGAAUUAAUUAUGAAGAUAACAGUCUUCGCAACUUCCUUUGUGAAAAACAAUACUACAUCUACUUCAGCGCAUUUAUAUUACAAGGGUUUAAUCUGUUGGAUUUUACUUAUUGGUUUAAUGAAUUAUAAGGACGAGCAAUACCUCAUUAUGCAAACAUCACAACUGUUCUUAUUUUGGAAAGUUCUAUUGACACAUACCUUUAGCUACCACAAUGAGGACGAACUUUAUAAGAAUUUGGAAAUAAGAAAUCAUGCGUUAACAUGCCUAUUAACAUAUCUCAACAACAUCCAGAUCAGUUUUGAUACUGCAAAACAGAUUUCCUACCUUUUAACAAAGUGUUCGAAUUUUAAUCAUUCAGUUGCUUUGAAAUCCAAAAAUGUCGAUACAGCUUUGUUAAUGAACGAAAAUCGAAUUCUGCAAGUUUAUCUUAAAAUACAGAUGCACAUUAAACAGGAUUUUAAUAGUUCUUUAUUAAUAUUACUUAUGAAAAACUUUUCUGAUCCAAAUUUACAUACCAAAACCUCACACUCUGUUUUAGCUACUAUAGCGAAACCUCACCGAAAAAGUGGGGCUGCUGGCGCUAAUGAAGGAAAAAAUAUUGAAAAGACACUCGAUUAUUUAUUACGCCAGGAUGAUGAUUUUGCAUACGGACUAUCAAGCAAAAUAAGCAAGACAGGUAUAUCUCGCAUAAAUAUAAAUGGAACUAAGGUUCCAAUAUCAAAAAUGAGUGGAAAUUGGCCUAACUCUGACAUUUAUUGGUAUUCUAUACUGGAGGAGGAAGUUGUGAAACCCAUCCAGUCAAUUUUAUCUUUAGAUUCCCUCGUCUUAUUAUACGCUUCACACAGAUAUUCUUACAAUCAACAAUAUGCACCUAAGAUUACCACUUCUUUAAUAGAUUCCUCAAUGGAACUGUUUUCUUCGGUUUUCCCAUAUUUGAAUAGUAAAAUACAGUAUUCUGUGAUUGAGAAUUUGAAUUUAUCGAUGUUUACGAAAAUGACAACACCUUUACGAAGUGUGGCCAUUGCAGCAAAUGUCUGUGUCGCUCUUCUUAAUACAUUUAAAGUGAUGCAAAAAGAGGAAAUAGCUUUAGAGGCGUCUGUCGGUAAUUUACUUUUAGAGUCAAUUAGAAAAAUGGGAUUCUUUAAUGAUACCUAUUUAACGACGCUAAAAUCCGAAUGCGUGGGCCUCUUAACAUACUCUAUUAGUUUGGGUUUAACCGAGGAAGAAAAGGUAGAUUUUAUAACCGAACAAACGAACAUCUACAUUAAGAAUGUCGUAGAUAUCGAGGAACCUUAUUCAAGGAUUUUUCAUGCACUUUCUAUGGCUUCCGUAUUUAAAUAUAACUCAAAAAUAACCCACUUCGGUUCUAUAUUUGAUGUUAUAUUAGCCCUAAUAAAGGACCCGCACCCAAUUGUCCAUUCGUGGUCCUUGAAAGCAAUGCAUGUACUAUUAGAAAAACAUCUUGUUAUCGACGUUACAACAGCCUCUACUUUACUGCUCACGUUGGAUGGCAUAAUAUCUAACCAAGAUUUUGGAUUAUAUGGGUCGUCGACCCUUCGAUACAAUUAUAAUAAAGACUUCAAUUCGUAUGCAGCUAUUGGACAUAUCGUGAAAACUCUGACCGAGACUGCUGGCCCCAAUAUGGAAGAUUUAAAUACAUCUGCUGUCGAAAGUUUUAAGAAUAUUACCAUCAGUCAAUUAACGUCUUCAGAUAUCAAUUGCCAAAUGUUAGCUCUUUCAAUCUAUGAAAAUCUGGCGACAUUUAAAAUGAACAAUUUAAUAGUUCACUCUUUAUUCAUUCAGCUAACAGAAAAUAUGUUGAAAGCGGCAGUGAUUACAGGUUUUGGUUCUUCAUAUUUUAAUUCUAUAUUUUCUCCAAGUAAUGAAUUAUUUCCACAAACUUCCAGUGUAAAGAGUACCUUCCAUAUCUUUAAGCUUUUUACACAAUUACUGAGAUUAGAGAGGGGGGACCUUUUUGUCGAUAGAUUCAAUACUUAUAGUUGGAUAUACCUUGGAAUAUAUCCAACCUCAGUCGCCAUAACAGAUUAUUUUUUCCAGUGGCUUGCUUACAACAUGGACAAGGAAUCCCAGUGGUUCGAUAACUUGUACAAAUUCUUUAACGUUUCUCGAGAUAAUCUUUUGCAACCAUUCUACAAUGAUAAGAAAUUGCUACGAGCAUCCAAAAAUAUACAGACUAAAAAAGAAUCUGAAAUUAAAGGAGAAGAGGAAGAAUCCAUCACACAUAAUGUUGGGGCAUCCAAUGAAGUAACUUUGCAUAAUCAAUCAGAUGGUGUAAAUUGGUUAGCAAAAGAAACAAUUUUGAGAUUAAUAAUCUAUGCGUCUACUGAAACAAAUGCCAAGCAGAAUUUUUUCAAUCUUUCCAAGCAAAGAAUUCCAAAACUGAUACAGAUUUCCGUCAAGGCGUCCACACUAAGGUUAAAGUCUAUGAAAGCUCUCGGCCUUGGCGUUUUGACCAUUUUGCUGAAACAAUACUCAUGUGUGUUGGACUCCGAUGACUCUGAUUAUUCGGUUCUAGAACAGCAGGAAGCUCAAAUAACUGGUGCUCUCAUGCCAGCUUUCGACAGAGGCACUUCACCUGAUGUAAUUGUAUCGGCUGUAACUGUUGCAGCUGAAAUACUAGUAUCAAAUAUAGCCCCACCAAACAGACUGAGGCGCAUAUCUCAGUUAUUAAUUACACUAUUAAAUAGUUUCAGUGAUGUUGGUUCAAUUAUGCGUGUCGGAAACAUUAAAAUCACCACACACAAGGCUAAAAGGAAAAUAGAAUUAUCUGUCUUGAAUGCAUGGGCGACAAUCGUCCAUACAUCCGUUUCGUCAACAAGAAUUGAACUUUUGGAAGAAACGAAGCAAUACUGGAAACUUUUAGUACCAUUAUGGAUUAUAUCAUUACGUGAAUAUAUGAUUGUUAAAUACGAAAAUAUUGGAGAAGUCAAGCAAAAGAAGUUAUUAACUGAGGAUCGUAUGAUAAGUCUCAAUGAACUACACAUUGAAUUAUAUGAAACUGUAUGGCUAAAUUUUGUUCAAGCGUUAAGCUGUGUCUUAGCCCUUGAUAAAACAAUAAUGCUAGAAUCACUGGAGAAGGAUGAGUUAGAGGGAUUUAUUUUUAUCCUCCUGGCUCAAUGCUUAGAAGCGAUCAUUAAAAAUAUAGAUGAUCAUCAGAACAGAAUAAAGAUAUUACCGGCUUUACAUGAUGUUUUAAGUUGUGGUUUACCAAUGCCUUCAUUAUUUAAUGAUGAUAUCAACACUGAAAUUGUUACAAUUCUGGAUCGCUUAAUAUCCACAGGAACCACAGAGGAAAAGUUACUGCUGGUGAAGAUCAUUGAUGAUCUUAUUAAAGGAUAUACUAGCGAAAGAUUGACACAAGAAGCGUUUCUUCAAGACAUCGAUAAACUUUACGAACUUCUAAGACUCCUCAUGAAUAUAAUAUCAGAUUUAUUACCCAUUAUAAGCUACAACAAAGAUGACAACGAAAUAUCAGAUAUUGCAAACCUCAGCCAUGGAGAUCUUAUGUUACUUAAACAAACAUUUACAAUUUUUGAAUUGAAUAUUCGCUACUUUGAUGACCUAUUCAAAUACGAUCUUUAUGCCUGCUUAUUAUAUAUAUCUGGGAAAAUAUAUCAGAGCGGUUCAUGUGAUAAUAUCAUUCCAAUAAUAUUGCCUACUUUAAAAGCAGUAUGUGAAGAUAUAUUGAUAUCUGAUUCUGGUCAUGUUCUAAUCCACAUUUUCUAUAGGUCCAUCAGGAAUAAUAUUUUUAGCGUUAUUAAGAAAGAAAACGCCCUCGCCACAAUUUUAAUUUUGUUAGCCAACGGCUAUAUGGGGUUUGAUGCAACCGAUAUUAUUACCAUCACAAAACUCCUAUUGUCUGGACUUUCAGAGGAAGGAACAAAACUGAUAGUUUUUCAAGGUUUAAAAAAUAUAAUUGAAAACAAAAAUAGUAAUGCUUUUGGCCAAAGUAUCAUGUUCAACAUUAUAAAAGCAUUUUAUAAUGAUUCCUUGACUUAUAACUUCGAAACGGGUGUUAAAGAGAUAUUAGAACUGCUUUUGAUAAUAGCGAAAAUGAAUGUCGAUCUAAAAUCUACAAGAGUUAAAUCAUUGUAUGCUAUUGUUAUGAUUAUUAUACUCUCGCUGCCUACUACCUCCAACUGUCGAGAUUUUGCCAACAAGAUUCUCCUCAGUUUGGUUACCCUUGAUUCCCCUACCUUUAAAAUUACCCUAGAAGAAGUAUUGACUACAUCUCAGAAAGAGAAUAUCGAGAACAUGAUCAAAGAAAACAUAUCUGUCAAUAAUACGGAACCUGCCAAUAAAGAAUUAGAGCUCCGGAGUUUUGCUUGA